CUCUUUUCCUCUACGCAGCCGCGAUGCCGCCUCCUGUCACCGCACCGACCCAUCCGCCGCCCUCCGAGUCGACGACCACCACCAGACCACCACCACCACCACAGCAGCAGCUGCCGCCGCCGCCGCCGCCACCGCCUCCUCCUCCUUCCGGCGUUGAGUCUGAGGUGCCGCCGAAGAAGCGGAAGCUGGAGGAGGAGGGGUUUCAGCGCUCGCCAUACUACACGAUCAGAGAAACCGUCGCAAAUCUCCGCGGCCGCUUCCUUCAGGUUUGCCAAGGAACUGAUUCAGAAAAGAAAGAUGUUGCUGCUGAGAUCUUGAAUGAGAUGAAAGAUGUGAUAGAGUUAUCCAAGAAAACACGGCUUGAUCUGUCUGCUACUGCUGAACCUGUGAAACCGUUUGACAAACAUGCAGCUAGAGCUCCUGAUGAUAAGCGUGCUGAUAAAGUUCUGUCUGAAGAGAAGAGUCUAGGUCCUACGACAAGCCUGUCUGGAAAUUUUGUGCACAGUACAGGUGGAGGUGUACCACUCAAGCCUGAUAACUCAGACACCACAGUACAUGGGUUACCGGUGAAGACUAAAAACCGGGCCGGACCAAGUAAGAUAACAGGUUAUACAAAGCAACAGGGCGGACUCCCUCAAGGUUCUUAUGUCAUCGGUGGAUCUCCCGUUGCCUGGAAUUUCCUUAUAUGGCGUGGAAGCAAAGCAGUCUACUAUGGUUUGACCAAAGCAGAGUGGUUGGCUCGUCAAUCUGCAAAAUGAAGUUCCAUCCUGCUGUCCCAGUGAUCUAACAGCGACAUGGAUCGAUCUUUAGAAGAUAACAUAGUAUUCCCUAAUCCCUAGUUGUUGUGAUACAAGUAGAACCAAAUAGUCCAUGACACACCAGGAAGAUAACCUCUUCGACACCAGAGCAUGGUAACUUGGUAAGGCACUGAGGUAUAUUGGGAUACUUAGUCUUUUGGAAUGGAUUUUGUUGCACAGUAGGGGUAAUCAACAGUAGAUAUACAAAGAAUUUUGGUACUGUAAACUGGAUGAGCCAGUCAGCCCGGCGUGCGCCCAUGUUAUGUUUUUCUAUUCAGAAGCGUCCACGUUACGUUGCGCAGUAGGGGUAAUCAGCACAUGACAAUGCAUUAGCGCUGAUGCACAGUUAAAACGACUGGUGGAGUUCCUGACUCCCUGCUCUAUGUGCCUUUGUUCCCUUAAUUUCUGUAUCUUGUGUGCCUUGCUUUUCCUGAAUGCUUGUGAAAACUUGUACUUUUUAGUUCCUUAUUUGUGCAGCUACUAUUCAA